UAUUUUCAUUGCAAGUUUCAAUUGUGUAACAAUUAUUAUUUUUUGUUCUAAUUAAACAUGGCAACCAUUUCGAGAAUAACAAAUAUCGAUGAACAAUGUGAAACACCUGAAAAUUCUUCCCAGAAAUUUAAGAAGGGAAGUGGUACCACAGAUCUAGGCAAAGAAUACGAACACCUCUACAUAGCGAACUUAAUUUUAAAAUUAAUAAUUGACGAUGACGUGGAAAAUUUUUAUUUGUCGUCGAACGAUAGUGCAUAUGGUUCUUUCGAUGACGUUGUAGUAGAAAUUAAAUUCAAAAAUCGUACCGAAACGUUUGCUAUUCAGUUGAAACACGUCAGCAAAACAGGAGGAAUACAAAUUGAGCAGUUAAAUGCAUCGAGUGGAAACUUUAGCAUCGAGAAGUAUUAUAAAGGCUUCAAAAAAGAGCCGAAGUUGUCUGAACGUCCUACCAAGAUGGUUUUGUUUACCAAUUCUAAGUUAAACGAUGAGCACAUAGGUCAGUUUAAAUUUGGCAAAUUGACACCGUGUGAACAAGCCAGCUUGUUAAGUACACGUAUUUCAAAGUUGGGAGGACAGUGCUAUAGAUUCGAAGAAAACGAAGACAAAUUCAAAGAAUAUGGACCUUUUUUUAAAAAUCUGUAUCUCUAUACUGGUCAAACAAAUACCAAAGGACUGGAAACGUGUACACGUGAGAUGUUUAAGACACAUUUUGAAAGCAAUGAAACCGUUUUUCGGGAGUAUCUACAUUUUAUAACUCAGUGGAGUAUGAAGGAGGGGAAAAAAAUCAAAUUGAAUAAAACCUGGAUGAAACAAAUGAUAACCCUUUGUGUAUUGUCACCUUUUAUCAGACCGUUAUCUUUUGUUACCGGUAGACUAGUGAACACCAAAAGAAAAAUUUUUCGAGAAGCCGUUUCGAAAUUUGAUGUGACUCUUAUAAAGAAAAACAGUUUCAACAAAAUCAAUUCAGUUUGGUCAAAUUCUGUCGACGGUAUAGUUGAUAUGGAAGAAGCGAUUGAAGUGAAUCACAACUACCAACUUAUCGAAAACAAAAUAGAAACAAAAGAUAGUCUCUAUGAUAAAGACGCAACAAAAGUAUCGAAGCUCAUGUGGUUGUUGGGAAAAAGUCCGUUAGUCGUUAAAGGAUCCCCACAAGUUUAUCAAGCAGUCAAAAUAUGCCAAGCUAAAAAUCUAAUUAUACUAGAUAAUAAUCGACAAACGUUUAAUGAGACGACUAGUACUGACUUCGAACAAGACAGUACAGGUGGCCAGCAUAAACCACAAUUGUUUCAAAAGUUAUCUGAUUUAAAAAAACACGCACAGUUGUAUGAAAAAAUUCUAACGAAUUUUACAUAUUCAUUGCAAGGUCAAAAAGACGUUGCAUUGAAAUAUUUGCUGGAAAUCUGCGAAGAUAGCGGCAACUUCAUCACUGCAGAUGAUUUAGUUGAAAUGAUGGAAGCUACAUUGCUGUUUGGACAACACAAAGAUGUUCUGCCGCCCAGUCAUAUCGAAAGAAAAUUGACGAAAAUUUUAAUAGAUGUUAAAUAUUUGCAAAACACUAGUGAAAACACAAUUGUUUUAGUUGAUUGCGUAGCAGAUGUGAAAUCUUUCAAACAAUUUUUACCAAAUUUAGUUAUCAGCAAGGUGAAUGACGUUGAGAUCACUCGGAAAACAAUUCAUCUAGAGAAGAUAUGUGUUUGUGGAAAGGAAGUUUCACAGGAAAUAUUUUCUACAUUGUGUAAAAAUAAUUCAGAAAUUCAGUUCCAUCACUUCAGAUAUUUAGACAAUCAUCGUUUGGAGUGGAUGGAAAGUGGGAAUUAUGGCUCGGAACGAAAAUAUAUCAACGAACUUGAGAGGUUUCGUUUACAAAGCGAAUUUAUGGAGUACACUAUCGGCGAGGGUCAGUACUUUAGUCAAUCCCCACAAAAUAUCAACAUUAUCUGCGCCGAUGCUGGAAUGGGAAAAAGCACAUUAGCGAAGAGCUUAAAAAAUAGUAGUAAGUCGACAAAGUGGAUCAUUUUAAUCUACGCCAGAAAUCACGCCUUACACUUCAGGAAACAUGGGUCAAACGUGGAGAAUUUCUUAAAAUACAUCUUUGAAGAUACUUGUCGAGAAUGUACUAACCCGUUCCACCACAAAGUGUUCAAAACAAUGCUGGAACAAAAUCAAAUACAACUAAUAUGGGAUGGACUCGAUGAAGCAUCUGAUGCCACUCAAGUUUCCAUUUUAGAUUUAGUAAAUGCGUUUUCGGAAAAAGGAGUGAAGCAAUGGUUGACUUCUCGAAUCAGUUUAAGGGGUAUGUUGGAAAACGAGUUAGAUCUAAUGUUAGCGGGAAAUUCAAAAUGUUUAGUAGGAGUUAUAUAUAAGAAUCUUACAAUUCUAGAAGUAUUUAUACAUACCGAUCGAACUGAAAAAGACGUUAUUGGUCGUGACGUUUUGGAAGUGGCUUGCGCCUGGAAUAAAAGCUAUCCACUUGUUAAAAACAAUGAUAUUUUGAUUGGAAAGAGUUUCAACACAGCGUGGUUAAUUAAUAACAAUAAAAAAGUCUUUAGAACUCUAAAUUAUCAUGAUAUAGCACCAAAAUUUUAUAAAUUCAGCGCAUCGGGUCAUGUGUGUUUUAAAAAGCUGAUGAUUUUGUUACCAUUUUUGAUUCCACUAUAUGACGGGAAUCAGUUCGCUGAGGAGUAUUUAGUGGCAGUUUUAUAUUAUGCAAUUAGGUUUGAUUGUCCAAUAAUUUAUGAGUGUAUUGAAAAUUCUGUUCCUUUAAAAACCACAUACAAUAAUAUUAGUUCAAGAAGUAUUUUAGCCUUAGCUCUUUUUAACAAGUCAACACACAUUUUAAAAAAAGUAUUUUCCGAAGAACGAAGUCAUUCCGAGUGGGAUUGCGUAGAAGAACUUUUCAUUAUGGAUUCGGAAAUUGAUGAAAUAUUAAGUUUUGCGUUACAUUUCCCAGAGUUUAGAAUAGAUGUGCCAAAUACGAAAGGUCAAUCGUUGGCGCAUUAUGCAUGUGAAAAAAAUCUAACCAAGACGUUACGGUCAUUAAUUUUCAGAGAAGUGAACACGAAUAAUAAGGACAGAAACGGAAGACGUCCCAUACAUAUUGCGCUUGAAAAGGGGCAUUUAGAUUUUUUAAAACACAUAGCCCAAAUUGACGUUUUAGAUGAAGACGGUCGUUUGCCGCUUCAUUACGCUUGUGAUGACGGAGAUUUAGGUGUAGUAGAAAUACUGUUAAAGAAUGGUGCUAAAGUGGAUGUUCCGGAUGCAGAUGGACGGCUGCCCUUACAUUAUGCUUGUGAACAUGAAGAUUCAGGUGUGGUUGACAUACUGCUAAAGAAUGGUGCAAAUGUGGAUGUUCCGCACAGAGAUGGUCGGUUGCCGAUACAUUAUGCUUGUGAACACGGAAGUUCAAAAACACUAGAAUUACUGGUAACUUAUGGAGCGAAAUUGGAUGUUCGGGAUGGAGAUGCGCGACUGCCGAUAUAUUAUGCACUUCAAAAAUGGCGUCCAAAUAUCAUACUGGUACUAGUAAGAAUGGGUGCGAAAAUGGAUGUUCCGAAUGCAGAUGGACGGCUGCCGAUACAUUAUGCUUGUGAACAUGGAGAUUUAGCCAUAGUUGACAUACUGUUAAAGAAUGGUGCGAAAGUGGAUGUUCCGGAUGCAGAUGGACGGCUGCCGAUACAUUAUGCUUGUGAUCAUGGAGAUUUAGCUGUAGUUGACAUGCUGCUAAUGAAUGGUGCGAAAGUGAAUGUUCCGGACGAAGAUGGACGGUUGCCAAUACAUUAUGCUUGUGAACCUAAAGAUUUAGCUCUAUUUGAGUUACCGCUAAAGAAUAGACGGAAAGCUGACGUUCCGCAUGAAAAUCGCCAGUUGCCAACUCAUAGUGCAUUUAAAAAAUUGCAUACAGCUAUUAUAAAAGCACUAGUAACGAAUGGUGCGAAAGUGAAUGUUCCGGAUGCUGAUGGACGGCUGCCGAUACAUUAUGCUUGUGAAUACGGAAGUUUAAAAACACUAAAAAUACUGGUAACUCAUAAAGCGAAAUUGGAUGUUCAGGAUGGAGAUGGGCGACUGCCAAUACAUUAUGCAUUUCAAAACUGGCGUCCCGAUAUUAUAAUGGUACUAGUUAAAAAUGGUGCGAAAGUGGAUGUUCCGGAUGCAGAUGGACGACUACCGAUACAUUAUGCUUUUCAGAAAUUUGAUACAGAUAUUAUAAUCCUACUGGUCAACAAUGGUGCCCAAGUGGAUGUUCCGGAUGAAGAUGGACGGCUACCGAUACAUUAUGCUUGUGAACAGGGAAUGUUAAAUAUGGUAGAAUUAGUGGCAACGAAUACAGCGAAUUUGGAUGUUCCAGAUAGAGGUGGUCAGCUACCAAUACACUGUGCGUGCAGAAAUUACAAGUGGGGAUAUGAAAUAAUUUUAUAUUUGUGUAAAAAUGGAGCAAAAGUGGAUGUCCCGGAUGAAUAUGGACGGUUGCCGAUACACUAUGCUUGUAAACACGAAAGGUUAAACAUGAUAGAAAUGCUGGCAACGAAUGGAGCGAAAUUUGAUGUUUUGGACAGAGGUGGUCAAUUACCCAUGCACUAUGCGUGUAGAAAUGACCGAUGGGGAGAUGACAUAAUUUUAUUUUUGUGCAAAAAAGGUGCGAAAGUGGAUAUUCCGGAUCGAGAUGGUCGGUUGCCGAUACAUUAUGCUUGUGAACAGGGAGUGUUAAGUAUGGUAAAAUUACUGGCAAGGAAUGGAGCGAAAUUUGAUGUUCGGGACAAAAAUGGUCAGCUACCGAUGCACUAUGCGUGUAGAAAUGACCGAUGGGGAUAUGAAAUAAUUUUAUUUUUGCAUAAAAAAGAGGCGAUAGUGAAUGUUCUGGAUCGAGAUGGACAACUGCCUAUACAUUAUGCAUUUCAAAAAUUUAAUACAGGUAUUAUAAUACUCCUGGUAAAGAAUGGUUCGAAAGUGGAUGUUCCGGAUGGAGAUGGACUGCUGCCGAUACAUUAUGCCUGUGAACACGGAAGCUUAACCAUGGUAAAAUUACUUGCAACGAAAGGAGCCAAAUUUGAUGUUCCGGACAGAGGUGGUCAGCUACCGAUUCACUAUGCGAGCAGAAAUCAGUGCGGGGGAUAUGAACUAAUUUCAUUUUUGUGCAAAAAAGGUGCGAAAGUGGAUGUUCCGGAUGGAGAUGGACGACUGCCUAUACAUUAUGCGUUUGAAAAAUUUAAUACAAAUAUAAUACCACUACUAGUAGAGUAUGGUGCGAAAGUGGAUGUUCCCGAUGGAGAUGGUCGGUUACCCAUACAUAAUGCUUGUGAAAAGGGAAAAUUAAACUUGGUAGAAUUACUGACAACGAAUGGAGCGAAAUUUGAUUCUCCAGACAGAGGUGGUCAGCUACCGAUGCACUAUGCGUGUAGAAAUGACUGGUACGGAGACGAAAUAAUUUUAUUUUUGUGGAGACAAGGUGCGAAAGUGGAUGUUCCGGAUGGAGAUGGACGGCUGCCGAUACAUUAUGCUUGUGAACACGGAAGCUUAACCAUGGUAGAAUCAUUGGCAACGAAAGGAGCCAAAUUUGAUGUUCGGGACAAAGAUGGUCAGCUACCGAUGCACUAUGCGUGUAGAAACGACCGGUGGGGAUAUGAAAUAAUUCUAUUUUUGUGCAAAAAAGGUGCGAAAGUGGAUGUUCCGGAUGGAGAUGGACGACUGCCGAUACACUACGCCUGUGAGCAUGGAACUUUAAGGACAUUAGAAUUAUUAGUAUCGAAUGGUGCGAAGGUGUAUGUUGUGGACCAGAGUGAGAAACUGCCGAUAGACAACGCGCAUAAAAAUCGAAACUUUGACAGUAAAAUGAGAAAUUUUUUGUUAAAUAACAUAAAACACGAAAUCCUUGACGGAACAUAAAAAAAAGAUUUAAAGUUAGCAUCGUAAGCAACGAUGAGCGUCGAUGAACCUAAGUGCUCCGUUUGCAAUCUCCAAUUUAAAGAAAACGAAGACACAGUUGAGUGUAGUGGUAUAUGUAAUAUAAUAUAUCACAUCAAAUGUACGGGUCUAAAAAAAUCCGAACUGAAGAUCCUUCUCGAUGGUACGCUGUUAUGGUUCUGCGACCAGUGUCGUAUCGUCGGAACAAACGUAAGUUCAUAACUGAUGUCCAUUAAGUCCUCUUUGUUAUCCUGCCAAGAUCAAAUUGUAAAACUAAAAGCGAUCAUUACCAAGCAAAAUGAGGAAAUUUGAUCACUCAAUAGAGAAGUCGCUGACAUAAAAACUCAGUUAAUUGAUAAAGAAAAACCGGCUAAUAUCCCGCCAACUUCUUCAAUGGAAGUAGAAAAGCCGACAUUCACUUCGCUUUUUAAAGGUGAUGACAAAAAAGAAAUGGAAUUGUCGAAUUUCAGACCAUGGGAACGGAAAUUUUACUGCAAUCUACAGUUCAGCUGAGGUACCAGAUAAUAAUAUCAUUGUAAAUAAAAAAAGCACAUUUGAAGACAGACAAACAAAAAUCGAUGUUCCUGAAGAAAAUUUAAAGUGGAAAACGGUAGAAAGUAGAUCCAGCAAUAGCAACAAAAAUACUCGUAAAGGUGGGAUAUCCAGGGGUAAAUCCUUAUAUGGUACUGGAAAAUUGUCGUCGUCUUCGAGCAUUCAGGGCGCUAUUCGACGCAAAUGGAUUUAUGUAGGACAUAUCUCCGGAAACACUGCAUCCGUCCAAGACAUUGCCGAUCACAUCCGUGAAUUUGCCGAAAUUAAAAACAUUGAGAUUAAGAAGCUCCAAACGAAGGGAAAAAACUCUGCUUUUAGUAUCGAUGUUCCAACAGAACUUUAUGACAAAAUUUACAACGCUGAUGGCCUGAAUCUGUUUGUUUAAGAGAAUUCAAUGUUAAGUCUUUUUUAGUGAAUCAACGGUCAAACAACAACAAUUAAACUCCAACAAAAUUUCUUCUCGUAACUAUCUAAUUAAUGUAUAUCAUCUUAAUAUCCAAAGCAUUAAUAAUAAACUCAUAGAACUUGAGUCAUUUUUAAAAUGUUCACAACCUCUUGAGAUUUUAUGUUUCAAUGAACACUGGCUCAAUAAUUCUGAUUGUAAUCAGACUUGUUUGGAAGGUUAUGGGCUGAUUUCUUUCUUCAGUAGAAGUGUCUCCACACAUGGUGGAGUAAGCAUUUAUGCAAUAAAUUCAUUUUUAGACAGGAUAAAAAGGAUAGAUUUGAACAAAUACUCUCAAGAAAACAAUGUGAAUUUGCUGGCAUACAAAUCGACAGUGUACUCAUAAUAAGUCUGUAUAGGUGAUUUUAACACUUUUAUCGAACAACUAAACUUAUUGUUGGAAGAAAUUUUAAAGAAUAACUUGAUCAUUAUAGUAGGGGAUUUUAAUGUGCAUUUUCUUAAUAGUCGUAAUUACCAGACACAAACGGUUGUGAAUAUGAUGUCAUUCAAUUUAAAGCAAACCGUUUUCGAUAUAACGAGAAAUGAUGCUUACAUGAUCCUAAUAUUUCUGACCAUAGUGGUGUGUGUAUCAGUUUUUGGUUAAGCAAUAACAAAACAAGCAGUACACAAUUAACUUCAUACAGACCAAUUACUAAUAUAGAACUUUACAAUAUAAUUGAAUUAGAAAAUUGGAGUUUUAUAAAUGAUCAUGACACGGACGUAAAUAAUAAGUUUGAUUUCUUUAAUAAUGACACUAUUCUUAGAGCUAUAAAUACAUGUUUUCCAACUAAAACUGUUCCUGAAAUAUGGAAUAAGUUGGUUCAACAACAGUUUACGUCAUAUGAGAGAUACACUCAAAAUUUCUAUGUGAACUUAACAAGAAGAGUUUAAUAACUAAAAAGAAGUUGCUAUUUUCAGAAAGAAAUACCGUAGUGAAUUACAAAAAGCAAAAAAAGCAUCACACGAUACAUACCUUGCAAACUCUAUUAAUAAACAAAAAGCAAUGUCGAAUAUUAUUAAUCCUAAUAAGCAACAUAAUAAAUUAUCGAACUCUGAAAUAACAUCAACGCAAUUUAACACAUUUCGUUAGUAUAGCCGAUGAUAUCAUUAAUAAAUUACCACAAGCUAAUAAGAUAUCUUACAAUUUUCUUUCAAAUAAUAAUAUUCCUAAAUUUAUCUUUCAAGAAGUGACAUUUAAUAAUGUGAGAGAUGCUAUCAAUACUUUAAAAAAUAGUGGAGUUAUGAUGCUUAUGGUACCAACGUUAAAAUAAUAAAAACCUUAAUUGAUGUUAUCGUUUCUCCCUUUACCAAACUUAUCAAUAUCUGUAUUAACAAAGGUAUAUUCCCUGAUGUUUUAAAGUUAUCAAAAGUUAUACCAAUCCAUCAGAAGGUAUCGUUGAAUGAUCCAUCGAAUUUCAGGCCAAUUUCUUUAAUUCCCAUUCUAGGCAAAGUAUAUUAUUUUAAAAACUCAAAUUUGUAUUCAUUUUGAACACAAUAACUUAUUCAAUAAAGAUCUGUUUGGUUUUCGUCGCAAUUCGUCAACAAACCUAGCUAUAAACAGAUUAAGUGAUAUACUCUUAAAUGCCUUUGAGAACAAAGAGUAUGCACACGCUUUAUGCCUAGACUUAACAAAAGCAUUUGAUUGUGUUUCACAUAGCUUAUUUCUAAAAAAAUUAUCCUAUUAUAAUUUAGACAACUCAUGUAUUAAAUUGUUAGAAUCGUAGUUGCACGAACGUAAACAAUUUGUUCAUUUUAAUGAUGUAAAUUCGUCAUGUCUAACUGUGCAGCAAGGCGUACCCCAAGGGUCGGUCUUAGGACCGAUUUUAUGUUUUAUCUUGAUUAACGAUUUACCUGACUGCGAUCAUGAUACUAACUUUAUAUUGUAUGCAGACGAUACAACACUUAUAGCUACUUCCCCUAAUCUUUUGUUAUCAGCUCCCUAACAGUCUUCCACCAAGUCUUAAAGACAGAAAUUACGCCAGUUUUAGAUUUUGUGUAAAAACCUUAUUAAUUGAGAAUGCUUUUUAUUCUUUAGAAGAAUUUGUAAAAUUUAAUUUUCGCUAGUGUACCUACUUAUAUUUGACGUAUCAAAAAUUACUAUGUAAUUCUUGUCAUGAAUAAAUUACUAUUACUAUUACUAUUACUAUUACUAUUACUAUUAAAUAAAACAUAUUAGAACUAUAAAUUCUUAAAAAUUUUCAUAAAUCUUUUAAAAGUAAAGAUACAUGUGAAAAAUUUGACAAACUGCCAUUAAAUACACGAUUAAAAUUACACAAUUCCAUCGAAACGAUGUCACUUUGAACACCAAAAAGACAUAAUUACGAAAAAUUAGUCUACUACCACUGAAUUUAUUGCUUUAUAAAUAUAUCAGUUAUUGUAGUGCAUCGUGGUAAAUGGACCUUAACCGACCAACGUAAAUGAGCACAUAGAUCAGAAUUAAAUUUGUUAACAAUUUUGUAGGUAUGAGUUAUAUAAAAGAAAAACAUAAACAAUAAAACAAUGUGCAUCAUAGAAGUUACUAAUGUUCAAAUCCAGUUUUAAAAAUUUGUAGAGGAAUGGCCAGAUAUUUCAGCGAUUUGCAACACAGUUAUGUAGGAUCUAAUUAUUUUAAGAUGUUUUAAAUAUAAACGUACAAUAUUUGUUAAACACUGAAAUUUGCACUGUUUUCUUACGUGUAUAUCGAUGGAUUUGACCAAUUCUUAAAUUUUAAACUCGAUGUAAAUAUUCUGUGUUAUGUGUUAUAAAUGUUAUAUUGUUAUUUUAUGUUUAUGUAUUUAUGUAUCAUGAACAUUAACAUUAUCGGAUGUCUAGGUAAUUAAAAACUUCGUCAAA